AUGUCAAAAGCUAUACCGAAAAAAGGUUCACGUGGACGUAUUGGUUCACAUGUACGGGGGCGAGUGGUUUCUUGGUCCUCUGCCGGUACUUCUGGCUUCCGAGGUACAAGAAGAGGGACGCCAUUUGCUGCUCAAACCGCAGCAGGACAUGCUAUUCGUGCAGUAGUAGAUCAAGUAUCCACUCGGACACUACAGUGGAAGUGUGUUGAAUCAGCAGCAGACAGUAAGCGUCUUCUUUAUGGGCGCUUUAUUCUGUCUCCGCUUAUGAAAGGUCAAGCAGACACAAUAGGCAUUGCUAUGCGAAGAGCUUUGCUUGGAGAAAUCGAAGGAACAUGUAUCACACGCGCAAAAUCUGAGAAAAUAUCACACGAAUAUUCUACCAUAAUGGGUAUUCAAGAAUCAGUACAUGAAAUUUUAAUGAAUUUAAAAGAAAUCGUAUUGAGAAGUAAUCUCUAUAGAACUUAUGAGGCGUCUAUUUGUGUCAGGGGCCCAGAUAUGUAA